GCAGCGCCUGGGCCUCUCCCAGCCGUCGGGCCGGAGACCUCGCAGCUUACAGCAGGCCGCAAGCAGUGGAGAGGCCGUGACACAGCCGGGGCAGUUUUUUCCACCUCCCUGUGAUACCCAGCGGAUAACGACAUGGAAGAAUCUUCUCCCAAGUCACUUCUUGACAUUUGUCUGCAUUACCUGAGCACGCAUCUAGAGAAAUUCUGCUGGGAGAGGCAGGAUGGAACCUACUGUUUGCAGGAUGCCGCCAUGUUCCCCCAGGAAGUGGCAGAUCGGCUUCUUCAAACCAUGGCGAUUCAAAGACAGCUGAAUGAAGUAACAGUUGGAAUUUUCCGAGGUGGCCAGCUGCGUCUCAAGCGUGCGUGUAUUCGUAAGGCAAAGAUUUCUGCUGUGGCUUUUCUUAGGGCAUUUUGUCACCAUAAGCUGGUUGAAUUAGAUGCCACUGGAGUCAAUGCAGAUAUCACCAUUACAGACAUUAUAAGUGGACUCAGCAGUAGCAAAUGGAUACGAGAGAACCUGCAGUGUCUGGUACUCAAUUCCUUGACUCUGUCCUUGGAGGAUCCUUAUGAGCGUUGUUUUAGCCAGCUCUCUGGUCUCCGCAUCCUUAGCAUCACUAAUGUCUUGUUUUAUAAUGAAGAUCUGGCUGACGUAGCUUCACUUCCCAGACUGGAGAGCCUUGAUAUCUCGAACACUUCAGUGACUGAUAUUUCUGCCCUUGUAGCUUGCAAGGAAAGACUCAAGUCACUCACUAUGCACCACCUCAAGUGUUUGAAGAUGACCACCACUCAGAUGCUGGAAGUGAUAAGGGAACUUGUGCACUUGAACCACCUGGAUAUAUCUGAUGACAAGCAGUUCACAUCAGACAUUGCAUGCCGUCUACUGGAGCAAAAAGACAUUCUGCCUAAUCUGAUUUCUUUGGACAUUUCUGGAAGGAAACAUGUUGCAGAUAAGGCUGUGGAAGCUUUUAUUGAACAGCGACCCAGGAUGCAGUUUGUUGGCCUUUUGGCUACUGAGGCUGGUUAUUCUGAGCUUCUGUCUGGGGAAGGACCUGUGAAGGUGUCAGGAGAAGCCAAUCAGACUCAGAUAGCAGAGGCUCUGCGCCGGUACAGUGAGCGCUCAUUCUUUGUACGUGAAGCUCUCUUCCACCUUUUCAGUCUAACGCAUGUAAUGGACAAAGCAAGCCCUGAGAUGCUAAAGUUAGUGGUGAUUGGCAUGAGGAACCACCCUACCAAUCUACCAGUGCAGCUCGCUGCCAGCGCCUGUGUGUUUAAUCUCACCAAGCAGGACCUGGCAGCUGGGAUGCCUGUGAAGCUUUUGGCUGAUGUGACUCAUUUACUUCUGGAGGCCAUGAAGCAGUUCCCCAACCACCAACAGCUGCAGAAAAACUGUCUCCUGUCUCUGUGCAGCGACCGAAUACUGCAGGAUGUUCCCUUCAACAGGUUUGACGCAGCAAAGCUCGUUAUGCAAUGGUUGUGUAACCACGAGGACCAGAACAUGCAGAGGAUGGCAGUUGCUAUAAUAUCUAUUCUUGCAGCAAAGAUGUACACUUCAGUUCUUCUUCUUAGAAGAAACAGGGAGCUUUCAACUGAACAGACGGCGCAGCUGGGGGCAGAACUCUUCAUUGUCCGGCAACUGUUACAGAUUGUAAGACAGAAAACCAACCAGAGUCUUGUGGACACAACUUUGAAAUUCACCCUUAGUGCCCUGUGGAACCUGACGGAUGAAUCUCCGACAACCUGUCGACAUUUCAUAGAGAACCAGGGUCUGGAGCUGUUCAUGAAGGUUCUCGAGUCUUUCCCAUCAGAAUCAUCCAUUCAGCAGAAAGUUCUGGGACUGUUGAAUAACAUUGCUGAGGUGAAGGAAUUGCACUCAGAGCUCAUGUGGAAGGAAUUUAUUGAUCACAUUAGCAAGCUUCUGCACAGUGUGGAGGUGGAGGUCAGCUACUUUGCUGCAGGAAUCAUCGCCCACUUGGUAUCCCGUGGAGAGGAGACAUGGACCUUGGGCUCCAGCGUGAGAGACGACCUGCUUGAGCAGCUGCAUUCGGCCAUUCUUAGCUGGCCAACUCCAGACUGUGAGAUGGUUGCCUACAGGUCGUUUAACCCUUUCUUCCCGCUCCUCGAGUGUUUCAGUACCCCCGGCGUACAGCUCUGGGCAGUGUGGGCAAUGCAGCACGUGUGCAGCAAAAACCCCGUCCGAUAUUGCAAUAUGCUGAUCGAGGAGGGGGGUCUGGAAAAACUACACAACAUUAGAGACCAUGAAAGAGCUGACCCAGAUGUUCUGCGUAUUACUGUUGCCAUCUUAGACAACCUGGAAAGACACGUAAUAAGGCAUGGGAACCCCCAGGGUGCUGAACCACCCCCGAUAAAAUGACUUAAAUGGAAUAUAUUCCAAACAAGCUGAGUGCAUUGUUCCAGGCAUGAAAUGGACAAUUGGCCUCCUAGUAGCGGAAAAGUUUCUUUAAACUCAAGUGUGGAUGUUAAUGCGUUUUUUCAGAUGAGAAAGCAUCUUCAUUUUGUAAGAAAAGAAUAAUGCAUGUUCUAUUCCCUCUAACUCCUAGAGGAAUCUGCAUGCCUGCCCUGCAUUUUACCUGAGCUGUGUUUCCGGGCCGCUUGCUUUUUCCAUAUUCUUACGGUUUAUCUCCUAGUUUUCUUCCUGCCGCAGCUCAGAUUGUUUUAGAAUUUUCUGGUCUUUAUUCAGGCUGCAGCACUCAUGCUCUUUGUGGUUUAUAGAUGUUCCUCUACCUUUUAUGGAACCCCUGCUAAACUCAAAUCAGGGGAGUGAAUUAACUGCCCUUGCAGCCUUCAUUGGCCUCCCAAGAGAAGCAUUAAUAUCUGUAGGUAACACAGCAGUUAGUGAACAAGCAGCAGUGGACAAGCUCUUCACUUAGCCAUCAUAUAUUUGGUAAUAUGGCACCAAAAAGACUUAAUACAACACUGGGCUAAUUGAGAACUGUGUGCUGACCAGUCAUGUGUGCCGUGUAUCUUCAUAAAACCUCAAAUAGUUUUAUCUGGUUGCAAAAGCCCUUUGUGUAGUGAGGAAGGUACUUUAAGCUGGAUACAUUUUCCAGGAUUCCAAAACACAUUUUCGAUAAGUAACUUGAUGUUCAAGUGAUUUUAGUGGCAAGUAGAGGUGGCAGUGUCUCUACAGCUUAUGAUGCCUGGCGUGUGUAUGUGAGCGUGCUUGUGUGAAGUGUGCUCCCCCUGCAUAGCCAUGUCUGAGUGUGUACAUGAGUAACAUGUCUGUACAUCCACAUCUGAGGCUGUGUGGGCGUUUGUCUAUUCCAGAAACUAAUUUGUGCCAUGUCCCUAGGCACGUAGCAGCCUCUGGAGUGGAUUCCAUCCUUGGGUUUCUUCUGUGUCUGUAUUACAGGAUGUGUUUUUAAUUAUUAUUCAUUGUGUAUAUAAUGUAUUUAAGCAGCAGUCAUUUUCUAUUGAUCCUGAACAUAUAAGACUAGAAUAUGUUCACUAACGUUUCCUGUAGAAUUGUAACUUCAUUAUAAUUUUUUUUUGAGCACCCGGUCAAGAUAUUUGUUACCGAGAGUGCUAGGCUAUCUUGUGGAAAAUAUAUAUAAUCUUAAUCGCUGUUGCUUCAACGAUUAAGAUGUUAAUCUAUUUAAUUGUAAAAAUGGCUUCUUUUUUUUUUUCUUUUUUUUUUUUCUUUUUUGAAAGACCUCUUGUAUUAAAAAAUAUAUAUAUAUAUAUAUAUAUAUGGAGUGAAAUCAUUCAGUCCAUGACUGUAAUCAGUGUAUUUUAGCGUGUUUCAUUUUAACUGAAGAUUUAUAAUGUAAAUUAUCUCCAAUUAAAUGUAAAUAAUUUCCAUGUGUUUUAGGAAGCUGUGCUGCUUUCAUAUCUCUUCUGUUUAUCAGACCCAGGUCUAUAAAAAAAGAGAAAUGUUCUUGUGGUUUUCUCCCAGGACUAAAUUAGAAUCAGGACAUGAUGGACACUCUAUGCCCUCAGACAAUGCCCUUGUGCAGAAUGCAUCUUCUGAGGCCUGUUAAUAUUGAGCACACAGUAACAGAAUCGAAAAUGCAAUGUUGCAGCUUCACAGUUGAGAUAUUAUAAAUCAAAAUAUCACAAGUUUAUGGCUAACCCCUUGUCUGACAGUGUUAUAUAUAUAUAUAUAUUUUCAGGCAACCACGCCGUUAACUACCGUUUGCAUCAUUUCAGAUGUUAACUCAAUCAUGCAACAUUUAAAUUGUAAGAUUUGCAGUGGUGCUGGGUGAAUAUAAUCACAAUUCAGUAGUAAACCCACAGCUUGGAACGCAUUUGGUCAUUCUCACUUUCUUAAAGCACAAGCCAGCUCCUCUUCAUCUUUGGUUAAACUCUGAGGUGCUCAUCUUAUCUUGUGUAAUUUUUCUAUGCUCUCCUUUUUAUAUUAGUCUUUCAGUUAUCAAUUCAUCAGCAAGCUAUGGGAAUAAUAUAUUCCACACGUGUUAUGAUUUUAGUCUGUCAUGCCCUUUCUUAAUUUUCAUUGGAAAAAUAACAUGUUGCCCUUUUUAGGCAAGAAAAUAUUUGUAAUAGCAGCUAUGUUUUUUUUUAGUUAACAAACAGAAAAAAAACAUUUAAGGGACAUUCUUGUUGAAAUUGAAACGCAUAUAUAUUGUCGGAGAUGAAACGUCAAUGGCAUUCUAUGCGUAGCGCCACAGGCAGUGUGCACAGUGACAACUAGCACAAGUUUUCAUUGCAAAAAUGCUUAUCAAAAUAAUUUCAGUGUUUGCUGGAAGGAGAGGAUGGAGUGAUUGACAUGCUGAAGUUUGCUGUUGAUUGCUUGUGUAUAGGGUGAUUGCUGAGUAUACAGUGAGCUGCUGUUAUAAAAACCUUUUGCAAAGUGUGAAAUGCAUUUGCAAAAACCUUACAAAGCUUUUUUAAAUGUGUAUGAAAUAUAAUUUGUAAUCUCAUUGUUGCUCUCCCCCCCCCCCCCCCUAAAAUAUGGAAUUCACAUAUGGAAAUUACAUGGCAAACACUCUCUAUUUAGAUUACGUGCAAUAACCGGCUAAUCCGGAGAAUCGUUUUACUUAAUUAUAUCAAUGGAUAAAUCCUGUGUUAAAACUGUCAUUGAAAAUCCACAUUUAUUCCCUGAUGAGUGUAAUGGCAGAGAGUUUCUGUUUUGUAUUCUUUGGAAGGAUUAUGAGUUUGUGAUUUAUGUUUAUUUAUAACUGCCAGAGUUUGAUUAAAUAAAACAAUCUAAGAUGAAAGUGCUGCAGCCAGAGAAUGUGCUUCAGUAUUACCCAGAUGACCUUUUGCCAGUGUUACGCGUUUCCCUGUUCUGUGUAUUUGUCACCUAUUUUGUUACUGCAUUAAACAAAAUGUCUGUCAUGUCUA